CAAUUGCUACACUGUCGCGAUCACCAACCCUUCGAAGCCUAGCUCAAGUCCCGUCAUCUCUCUUUUACUUAUGGAUGCAUAAAAUACUGCAUUGCUCGUCCUACACCUCUGUCCUCAGAACUUGACGAGCUGCUUGUGAUUGGCUUGGACGCGUCGAAUGGCGGACGAAGAGCAAGAACGUGCGCGUUCCAACAGGCGAUUGUCAGGAAAAGAGAUCUAUGAAGGUGCACUGUCUGGAGCUCUUGAUAGACCCUAUAUACCCCGGCUGCGCUCAGACUUACCGAAGCCCCGCCGUCUUGCUCGCUCACUGGAUGACUUCCGCCAGGAAGAGGGACUUGAGAGCAGGGAGAAGCGUUUGCAUGCGCUCUGGAAGAGGAUACCGCAUCCACAUAGGUCUCAUCAAUCUCAUGCGCACCCUCGGACGGGUGACCUCGAUGCUGUGGUCCCGAACUGGGUACCGGCCAGUGAUGAUGCCUCAUUAACUCGUGAGAAGGCGGAGAGGCUGACCAUGAUGUAUCAUGACGAGCUCAUGAGAGAAUGCGCGUUGGAGGAAGGCAACUCGGUAGAACCAGUUACUUGGAACGAGUUCAAGAAGUAUACGGAUUACAAGGAAGCUGAACUUUGGCAUAUUUUUCACGAUGAACUGGAUCUGGACGGGAAUGGCCAUCUCGAGGCUGAUGAGCUAGCUACCGCGCUAAACAAUGCUGGGAUUAAGCUCACUGCAUCCACCCUAUCGGAGUUCAUGUCCUUUCUGACGUCGUCACCCCAUUCACAUGCCAUUAGUUUCUCAGAGUUUCGGGAUUUCCUUCUUUUAUUGCCAAGGCGUGCAACUACGGAAGAGAUCUAUCGAUACUAUGAAGUGAGAAAAUAUAUGGGCGAUGAUGGGAGGGGAGGCGCCGCUCGCGUCACUAUGGAAGGCGAUGUCAUCAUCAGUGGUGAAGACCGGCCCCCGGUCCAUCCAAUUAAGGCUCACAACCAUCCUCCACCUGUUCCGAUUGACCAUGCUGGUACCACCGAGGACGAUGAAGAUGAUGACUAUGAUGAUGAUGACUUUGAGGAGGAUGAAGAGGAAGAGAGCCAUCAUUCCACCUCAUUAAAAUUCCUGCUGGCAGGUGGGAUUGCUGGUGCUGUUUCUCGGACCACUACCGCUCCGUUUGAUCGUCUGAAGGUCUUUCUGAUAACACGUUCUCCGGAACUCAGUAACGUCGCUCUGGCAACUCCUACUGAAGCCUCAAAAGCCGCUUCUAGAGGCCUAAGGGCUAUAUUUAAUGCUAUCGGUCAAAUUUACAUGGAAGGACAUGGCAUUCGGGCAUUUUGGGUCGGGAACGGAUUGUCGGUAGUGAAGAUUUUCCCGGAAUCCGCUAUCAAAUUCUUCUCGUACGAGACGUCUAAACAAUUUUUCGCGGAAUACGUCGACCAUGUUUCAGAUGUGCGAGAAAUCAGCGGAACGAGUCGCUUUCUCUCUGGAGGAUUUGGUGGUAUUACAAGUCAACUGUCUAUCUACCCUAUCGAGACGCUCAAGACCCAAAUGAUGAGCACGACAGGAGAUCAGAAACGUGACGUGAUCUCUGCAGCGAGACGUCUCUGGGCCUUGGGUGGCCUCAGAGCCUAUUACCGUGGUCUCGCCGCUGGUUUAGUUGGUGUCUUCCCUUACGCCGCCAUAGACAUGAGCACCUUUGAGGCCUUGAAGCUCGCAUACCUUCGAUCGACCGGCAAAGAUGAGCCCGGCGUUUUACCGCUACUGGCAUUCGGCAGUGUUUCGGGCGGCGUAGGUGCAACGAGUGUCUAUCCACUUAAUCUUGUUCGGACACGAAUGCAAGCCUCAGGCUCAUCUGGGCAUCCUCAGCAAUACAAGAGCAUCUUCGAUGUAGCUUGGAGGACAUAUCAGAAUGAAGGCUGGCGAGGUUUCUAUCGAGGCUUGGUUCCAACCUUGGCUAAGGUUAUACCAUCCGUAUCCAUAUCGUAUGUAGUAUAUGAACAUAGUAAAAGACGACUUGGUGUAUAGAUUUAUUCACGGAGAUCACCAUCUUAUUCGUAUCUUGCUCACAUGCAAUGUCGCCUUUCUUGUCCCGGACGUAGAUGCGCAUCCUCGUUUAAUGCUUGCAAUUUCAGAACACGCAAUUUGUAUCAAUACAAUCUGU